AGGCGGCCAGUUCAAGUUGCCAUAGCAGAGGAUGGCAUUGGCGGUGCCUCACACUCAUCACAUACGUUAACCGUCAGUCUGCUGGGCACAGCCUCCGGAUCAUGUCAGCAUGGACUCCUCCAGUGAUUCUGACAUCUAUGACAGACCCAGAGGGCAUCGGUCCCGGGGGAGAGAAGGGAGAAUGAGACCUGACAGCAGGUUUCCCAGGGAUACACAUGUUUCUGAUAUAUCCGAGAAAAUUGACACUUUGGCAAACACUCUACAGGACACAAGUCGAAACCUAAACAAAGUGGAUCGGAUGUUGGGCCAAUACAGGGACCAUACAGAUGACCAAGCUGAAGCCAUGGCGACCCUGAGGGAGAGCUUAGAGGAAUCUGUCCAACAGCUGCAGGGUCAGCGUCUGAGGAGGUCCAAUGGGGGACGAAGCGCCUCUCUCUCCACGCUGCACACCAGUGACCUGGACGAUGGCGACGGCUUGGAAAGGAGGCGAUACCUCCCAACAUCCCCUCUGAAGGAUUAUGGGAGUGUGGGCGCAGGUAACAGAAGACGAUCCAGAUCUGUUGCUGUGCGUUUCAGAGACUCGGCUCAAUCUGAGGAGCAGGUUCACACCCUGCAUCAGUCCCUCAGAGAUCUGCAAAGUGAUCAGGUACGACUGGAGGAAGAUAUAAACAGAGAGAUCAGCAGGAGAAACAGGAUGGACAUUGAAACCAAAAAGACAUUAGAGAAUCUUGAAGGGCACAUCCAGGCAUCGCAGAGAGAAGAACCUGUCUCCAUACGGGUGGAGAGACGUCUGCAAGAGAUUGAAGAUGAGAUGCGUUCGGGGCGACAGGUGCUGGCUGAAAGACACCACAGAGAUAAAGCAAAACCUGUGUCUGGAGAUCUGCAUGAGGCUUUGAGAAGACAUGACGGCCAACUCUCGGAGGCUGAUGAGACCUUCAGAAGUAGACUGCAGAGAUCAGAGAGCGAGAAAAGCAAGAUGGAGAAGGAGUUAGACAGACUUAGGCGGCAACUUGAUCAGUCCGAGGGUGGACGAGACGCUCUGCUCCAACAGAUGGACGACAUGCGCUCACAGCUUCUGAGGACCGAAAGGGAGCGUGUGGAUCUGCAGAGUCAGCUGUCCUCGCUUCACUCUCAGCAGAAGAACGUAGGAGGACAUCAGGAGAGAGGGGUCACGGGCCUCGGCCGAGAACGAACAGAGCUGGAAAGAGAGAUUGAAGACCUGCGGGUGCAACUGGGGAGAUUCGGCACCUCCAGUGAGCUGGAAGAACUGAGACAAACCGUCGAGCGAAAAGAGAGAGAGAAAAAUCAGCUCGCUUUCAGGCUAGAGGCUCUCUCUACAGACUUGGAGCGGCGUGAGCAGCAGCAGUUGAGGAUGUUGACUCAGCUGAAGGAGAUUCAGUCUCGGUCAGAGGACAAUGGUGCAGAAUGCGCCCGUCUGGAGGCUCAGCUCACUGAGAGCGAGAGGAGGAGAGAGGAGCUGCGCUCUAAAGCUCAAGAGGCCAUACGACAGUGGAAGGCCAAGUGCAAGAAACAGGAGCGAGAGCUUCAGGAACUAAAGGAUGAAAGCAGGAACGACACUGAUAAAGCUAAACGGGUUAAAGAGAGAGAGAGCGUUCUCAACCAGCAGGCGGAGGCCGCACGCAGACAGCUUGCGGAUGCCCUCGGACGUCUCGCCCAGCGCGAGGAGGACGUACGACGCUGUGACGUGGAUCUUGCUGAAGCUCGGUCGCGCCUAAUUUCUGCAGAACAGGAACUGCGAGAGGUUCGAGAAAGCUCGCGAGGCCUGGAAGAGGAAGUCCAGAAGCAGAUCUCCCUGCAGGCCCGUCUGAGAGAAGAGAACAUCAAGCUACAGGAGCGUGUGGAGCUUCAGGAGCAGAGGAGAGAAGAGGAGCAGAGAUCUCUGCUGGAUCUUCAGGGCUCCAUAAAGAACCUCAGCGCCGCCAGGGCCGACCUCACCGGCAAAUUGGCCGAGGCAGAGAUCUCCAGGAAGGAGCUGGAGAAACAGCUAGCUGCGGCUCGGGAAGAAAGCUCAUCUCUAAGACGGCAAUUGGAACUGGAGAAGGAGGUGCAUCAGAAGGAACUGAUCCAUGUUAGAACGGCCCAGCGAGAAGACAAAGCCAAACAGGACAGAGAUGUACAUGACACACUAAGAUUAUAUCAGAAAGAGCGAGAAGAGCUGGCGGCUCUCGUCAAAGACCUUAAGUCAGAUGCCGUGGCAGAUGGUGAACUAAGGAGAGCUUUACAAUUGAAGCUGGACAAGAUGAAGACUGAAUGUGACAAACUGACAAAGCAGCUGAGAACCAGUGAUGAGAGUCACACCCAGCUUCUUCGCAAAUACAACACCCUCAAAAAAGAGCUGGAUGUAAAGGUGAAACUAGCUGAGAGGGCUGAGGAGAGGAGACAAACCUCAGAGGACUCCACGGCGGAGCUGCGCGAGAGGGUCACGGGCCUCCAGGCAGAGCAGGAGUCCAUCCUUCACGCCAUAGGGACUCAGAUUGACUCAGCCUGUCAGUUCCUGUCAAAAGACUCCGGCGCCAAGCUCGAAGCCAUUACACUUACUCCAGGACUGCAGAAGGAUUCCCAUCGCUGGCUUGCUGAAGUUAAGACGAAGCUCAACUGGCUGUGUGAGGAGGUGCGUGAGCGUGACGCCAAUGAGAGGAGACUGAGGAGGACACUACAGGAGUACAGGGAGAAAACAAAAGCUUUAAAACAAAGCAGAGACUCAGAGCAGCACAGUCUCCUGGACCGAAUUACCCAACAGGACCGGCUCCUUCAAGACAUCCAAUCAGAGAAGAGAAAUCUUCUUGAAAAAAGUCGCAAGAGAGAAGAGGAGGUGAGAAAUCUUCAGGAUCGAAUAGCCGAUCUCGAAACGAGCACCAGGCUGGCCUUGGAUCAUCUGGAAUCGGUUCCUGAGAAACUCAGUCUGCUGGAGAACUUCAAGGAUCUUGAGGAGUCACAAAGGCAGAGAGAAAUGGUGGAGCAACGUUACGUCAAAUAUAAGGAGAUAGUCGGGCACCUUCAACAUCAGCUUGAGGAAUCUAAGAGAAAGAUUCAGGAAUACAGGGAUGAGAAGUCUGAUGCUGACAGUCGCAGUCUUCAUCUUACUGGUUUGACAUCAUCCCUGCGCAGCCAGAACAAUUUCCUUACCAGCACUACACUGUCUAACCAUACCUCCCCACAUAAAUAUCUUACCAGUCCAGAUCUGGACUCCAGUGGGACCCAACGGCACUAUUCCAAUGUCAAUGGAGUAAACUCUGAACACACAAGCAUGUAGCGUCAAGACACGAAUCCACGGACAACUGCGGUCCACCACCAUCAAAGAGACCUCGUGUAAAAACUCCUCAUCACUACCUCAAAUGCACUCAUGCUCACAUGUAUGUGUUACAACAACAGAGAUGUGUUUGUAGUUUGUGCUAUACAUCAGAGUUUAUAACUAUUACUGUGUGUUAGUGUCUGUAUGACACAUAAUGAACCUUGCCAAUGACUGCUUACUUUUUAUACAUUGUAACUGUGUAAGCUCACUUAUCAUUAGAUCAUUUAAAUAUGAUGCUUCUCAAAUGUGCUAUUAACUCUUAAAUAUUCAGAGAAAAACUAAUGUUGGUAUUGUAUACUAUAUUAUAGUCAUGUUUUACAUUAAUUUCUUUACAUUUAACAGAUAUUCACUGUAGGGCUGCAUAACGAUUAAUCGUGACUAAUCGUUUGCAGAAUAAAAGUUUUUGUUUACAUCAUAUAUGUGUGUGUACUGUGUAUAAAAAUUAUGUAUAUAUAGAUACACACAUUUAUGUAGAAUUGUAAGAAAAAAAUAUAUUUAUAUAUUAACUAUUUAUAUAUAAAAUAAAUUAUAUAUAAAUAUAAAAAUGUAUAUACACAAGUAAAUAUUUUUUUAAAUAUUUACAUGUAUGUGUGUGUAUUUAUAUAUACAUAAUUAUUAUGUAUUUAUAUAUAUACAUAAUUAUUAUACACCGUACACACACACAUAUAUGAUGGAAACAAAACUUUUAUUCUGCCGCCCUAAUUCACUGUAUCAAUUACUGUAACUUAAUCAUUUAAAUAGUUUACUAAUACAGACAAACCAAAUUUUAUAUGAUGUAUAUUACAUAGUCAUUUUUUACAUUUUAUACAAUGAAUUCAGGAAAUCAUAUAAUGUGCCUUUUGGGUAUGCAUUUGUAUUUUAUACAUUUUAUUUAUUUUAGUGUAUACAUUUUUUACAAUGAUAAUGAAUUCUUUUUUUACCCCAAUUUUUAGGGCACACGUCUGUUUUUAAAACACGCUGAUCAGACCACUGAUAUUUGAGGCUUCUGCCCUAUAAAUGGUUUACCUGUAUGAUGUGAAUUUAAAACCAAAUCAUCCCUGAUAUACUAAAUUGUUUUGUGCUUCCAGUCUCGUGGUGCAACAUGGGUGUUUAUGGGACAUUUCUUCUAAUAUAUGUGCAGUUUUUUGUACACUUCAAGACCUAUGCACAGUAUUUUGACAGUCUACUAAUUGAUUUUUUUUCACCAUUGGCAUUUAUUACAAUAACCAUGUUAAUGGUCAAAUAAAAAAUUCAAGAAAUGUAUUUGAUCUUGAUUGAUUUGAUUCUUUAAAAACGCCCCUGUCACAUUGCAUGAGUACCAAUUUGUUAGGAAUGGCAGCUUUAUUGCACUUUUAAUAACUUUUUCGGUACACUCUUAAAAAUGUUAGGUUAUUUUCAGCCCAAAAUGCUCACUCAUCUAUAUUUAUUUGUUUA